UAUGAUGAUGUGCAUGUCAACUUCACUCAGGAGGAGUGGGCAUUGCUGAAUCCUUCCCAGAAGAAUCUCUAUAAAGAUGUGAUGCAGGAGACAUAUUCAAACAUCACUGCUAUAGGAUACAAUUGGGAAGAUCUUGAAGUUGAAGAACAUUGUGCAAGUUCUGAACGACAUGAAAGGCACACAAGAACACAUACUGGAGAGAAACCUUAUGAAUGUAAUCAGUGUGGUAAAGCUUUUGCUCAAAACAGUGUUCUUCAAAUGCAUAAAAGAACUCACACUGGAGAGAAACCCUAUGAAUGUAAUCAGUGUGGUAAAGCCUUUGCUCGCCACAAUGUUCUUCAAUUGCAUAAAAGAACACAUAGU